AUGGUAGCCUUAAAAGCACUGUUUGCGCAUUUGGUGGCGGUGGCGGCGGUGCUACAUCUUUUAGAUGCCACCACCACCGCAAGCAACCCUGCUGCCCGUGGCCAUGCAACACCACACCCGGACUUCCAACUCUUCAACGUCCCAGAAACCAUUAUGGGGACAGAACUCCACCCACCUAAAACUCACCAUGAAUUAUCCGAUAACACCAUUAAUGACCAUAGUGGUGGUGAGGCCAAGUUGAAGCUAAAGCUAUUGCACAGAGAUCAUCACGUGUCUUUUGCCAAAUUUCGCGAUCAUCGUCACCGUUUUGAGGCGCGCAUGAAGAGAGACGUUAAAAGGGUGGCUAGCCUAGUUCGCCGCCUCAUGAUAGGCGGCGUAGCCACCACUUCUGUUGGUGGUGGUGGACUUAGUUAUGAGGUGGAAGAUUUUGGGUCAGAUGUGGUUUCUGGUAUGGACCAAGGAAGUGGAGAAUAUUUUGUUAGGAUUGGCGUUGGGAGUCCUCCAAAGAGCCAAUACAUGGUUAUUGACUCGGGGAGUGAUAUCAUAUGGGUGCAAUGUCAACCUUGUAGUCAGUGUUACCGCCAAACCGACCCGGUCUUCGACCCGGCUAACUCCGCUUCAUUUGCUGGGGUGUCUUGCAGCUCCGCGGUCUGCGACCGUCUUGAGAAUGCGGGUUGUCACUCGGGUCGAUGUCGGUAUGAAGUUUCUUAUGGUGACGGAUCCUACACGAUCGGGACACUAGCCCUCGAAACCAUUACGUUGGGGGACACUGGGGUCCAGAACGUUGCCAUUGGGUGUGGUCAUAGGAACCGGGGCAUGUUUGUCGGAGCUGCUGGCCUAUUGGGUCUUGGAGGAGGCUCCAUGUCAUUUGUGGGUCAGCUUGGUGGUCAAACAGGUGGUGCGUUCAGUUACUGUCUAGUGACCCGGGGCACUGGCUCGUUCGGGUCACUGUUAUUCGGACACGAAUCCUUACCUGUGGGUGCUACAUGGGUACCCCUACUUCGCAACCCACGGGCACCAAGUUUCUAUUAUAUUGGGCUUGCGGGUCUUGGAGUUGGAGGUAUCCGGGUACCCAUACCCGAAGAUGUUUUUCAGCUCACUCAAACAGGGCAGGGAGGGGUUGUUAUGGACACCGGGACUGCUGUGACAAGGCUUCCAACCGCAGCUUAUGAAGCCUUUCGGAAUACCUUCAUCACUGAAACCACCAGCCUUCCUCGAGCUCCUGGAGUGUCGAUAUUUGACACGUGCUAUGAUCUGAACGGGUUUGUGUCGGUUCGGGUACCAACCAUUUCAUUUUACUUCUUGGGCGGCCCAAUCCUAACCCUUCCAGCAAGGAAUUUUUUGAUUCCAGUCAAUGAAAGGGGAACUUUCUGUUUUGCAUUUGCACCAUCUACUUCCGGACUAUCCAUAAUGGGUAACAUCCAGCAAGAAGGUAUCCAGAUUUCUUUCGAUGGAGCAAACGGGUUUGUGGGAUUUGGACCCAACAUUUGCUAA